UGGCGACCCUGCACAUAGCAAUGAGAUGAUCAUUGUGGUCCUUUGCAACCCAGGUGAUUCUGUAAUGAAGAACUAACUGUAGUUGUGUGCAGAUCUAAACUCAAGGAUGUUUUUAUGUUUCAGAUAAUGCCAUUCAGAAAGUAAAACACCGCUUUAACUACAUGAGUGGCUCUGCAAUGAAGGUCAGCUGGGAGAAGGUGGAGGAGGAGCUGAGGUUGCAGCCCCCGGUUCAGCUGAAGCUGGAGGAUGCAGAGCUGAUGAAUGGGAUGGCUAAUGGUGGGCACGCAGGAGUGCAUGUGGAGGUUGCUCCUGCUUACAGAAUGCAGCGUGUGACCCCCCUGGGCAUCCUGUCACUUGUUCUGAACAUCAUGUGUGGAGCUCUGAAUCUCAUCCGAGGAGUUCACCUAGCAGAGCAUUCCUUUCAGGAGGACUAUGAAGGAAUUGGAAACGUGGUAGCAUUUUUUCUACCUUUUCUAGCCUGUCUUUUUCAGUGUUAUUUGUACCUGUACUACAGCUCGACGAGGAAGGCGAAGACGUUUGUACUCUUUUUCACUGUUUGUUUAUGCAAUAUUUACUUGUAUGGAUUACGGAAUCUCUGGCAAAUAGCCUUUCACAUAGGAGUGGCAUCUCUUUCCUCCUACCAGAUACUGACAAGGCAACUGAUGGAGAAACAACCUGACUGUGGAGUAUGAAAAAGACUUUGGGUUCACAACUCCCUUUCUGCAACUACUAUUUUUUUGGUAUUAAAAUGGCCCAAACCAGCUAGGAGUAUUUUUAAACAUUUCUGACCUCAAGGAGGAUGUUUCAGAGCAACAUGAAAUACAGUAGUAUCCUGCUGCAAUGUCACUCACAGUGAAGAAUUCAGCUGUGUUCUACAUAAUUCUAUGGUAAUUGUGCAUGGUAGAUUUUUUGUCAGGUGUCGUCAACGGGUCGAGGCUCUCCUUACCAUAAACAGGCUCUUACUCCUUGACUAACACCAUCCAAACUGCAUUUUACCAUCAGUCUCGCUGGCUUUGUGACAGUUUGGCAGCCCCAGUGCCUUGGCCUGCCAACGCUUCUGAAAAUAUUAGUAACAUAAAGUGAAGGUAAAGCGGUGGGUAACAUUUUUGUCUAUAGAAUUUAUGACACGUUCUUGGUAAAUGUAAAGAAAGGAGUGGUUUGCCACUCCUAGUUAGGUGAGCUCAUUAUCAGUGGGGAAGAGCAUUAGGAUGAGAUUCAGGGUAUUUUUUUCCUGGGUUUUGAAGGAAAGGAAAAGACUGGCUUCUUUAAAAACCCUAGAGGCUAUAAAUAUCUACUGGCUAAACAACACGUUGCCAUUAACCGUGUGCUUAUUGUUGAAUCCCAGAUAUGCUUAGGGCAGCAUAAAAUGAACCAAGCAAACACAGUGACCUUUCAGCUCGGGUGGCCUUUAUUUCCUUGGUUAAGGUCACUCUCACUGUAAGGGCAAUUCCAUGUUUGCUUGGUCUGUACAGGUAAUAAACCUUCCAAACAUCCUUAUGACAGACCACUGGCUCCUUCACCUUUAGAACAGAGUUUAGCUGCUGACUUUAAAGCCAUCUCCAGUAAUGGAGAGCAAGAGCAGGUUCUCUUUUUUUUUUUUAAUCUGAAGCACCUUUAAUUAAUGGUGUUGACUUCUUACACUCAGAUGAAUUUAGGAGAGUGCAAGUUUGGAUGUAGUACUUAAGAGCUGAGUUUCAUCACUUUUACUGCUCUGGGUGUUCCCGUACGGGAUGCAAUUUGGCAUGUAUAUAAACACAUAAGGCUGCCUGUGCUUAAAAGAAAGCACAGCAUUUUGAUGCCACUGUCCCUGAAGGGUUGUAAAAACUCAAACUGAAAAGAUGCGGGGCACUAUAAGUGUGUUAUUGUCCAACGAUGGGCACAGCUUUUCCUUUUUAUUGUUGGCUUUUCCUUUUUAUUGUUGGCUUUUCCCUUAUAAGCCUAUUUCAUGGUGACCCCUUUUCCUUCAUGCAAAGUCUUUCACCAAAGAUAUCUUUGCUUCUCUCAUAGUCUCUACCUCUGGUGGUUGCAUAGAGAUUAAUCUCAUCCUGUGGGGAAAGGGUAAAGCAUUUCCUGCUACAGCUGCUUGAUGAAAGGGACCUCAGUGACAUCCUCAAGCUCCUAUUUCCUACCCUUUUCGCCUCCAUCAGGUGUGAGAAUCCAGAAGAGCUGUACUAGUUCUCCAUAGGCUUCAGUAAAACUGGUUUGCUAUCACAUAAGACACGCAGAUCACAGCCGGGGCAAAGGGCCAGGAAGUCAUUAUCUUCUUUGUGUUCCACAUCCCCCUAUUAAGCAGGCAGGAAGAAACUGUAAUAUUCCUGAUGGUUCCUGAGCAUCUAUUUGCUUUAUCAUAAAACAAAUGCAUCCCAAUGUGAGCAACAGCUUACUUCAGUGAGGAGGGUAGAACAAGGUGUUGAGACAGCUCUUGUAAUUAACGUAAUUAGAGUUGAUAGAGAUUUACAUUCAACCUUCCUUUGACGUUUUCUUCCUGAGAAUGUUUUGUCAAGUAAAAUAGGUUGGUGCAAUGGAAAUGCUUUUGAGGAAUGGAUAGAGGAUGUGACUGGGUCUCCUCUGAACGGACAAAGCUCUGGUUUGCUGCAAGGCUUUAAUCCCUUUCUGACCUUAUUAUUUUUCCUUAUUAAGCCACGUUAAGGAAUCUGCGUGCAUUCAAUUGAGCAUCGUUUCUGUGCACUUCGUAGCUGUGGGUUUUGAUUUGGAUACAAGGAAGAGCAAACGUUUGACCCAGUUUUUGUUUCCUGUUGUUAUUUGGAACAGCUUCUGUAUCUGUGUGCCACUGACACAGUUAAACCUUUUCCUCCAGCGAAACAGCAGGAGGAAUAGCAGAGCUUACAUUGAUUUCGGUGCUUUAAGAUUUAAUAAAAAAGAAUGACUUGCAGUUUGAGUACAUGAAAUCUGACUCAUAGCGUGGGAUUAUGGCUGUGUUGAAUCAAAUCCCCAAACCAGGAAUCCAUCCCUUUUAGUUCAAGCUGUUGAACGCGGGUUGACUCGUAUCUCCUUAACUCUGUCAGUUUGUGAGUCCCUGGGAGGUUCUUCUCCUCGCCCAGCAGCACAGCGUGAGAAAAUUGACACAGAGGAAACUUCAUUAAUUUAAAGAUUAGCAGGGCGUGAUUGCUUUAUGAAACCCAUUUUCUGUUCUUACCCAUUAAGUUUAUGGAAGGUGGGCUGGUACCUUUUUAAGACGUUUUUUUUUUGCACUGUAUUAAUAAAUGAACCUGUGUACAUGUGUAUAAAAUCACUCUGCGUGUGUAUGUAUAUAUGUACAUAUCUAAUAAAUGGCUUUUUUAAUUUA